UAUUUUUCUCUUAGAGAAUGAUAAGUCGAAAAGGCACUGUAUAAACAGAAGAGAAAGAAAAAAAGAAAAUGUUUGCAAUUGACGCAAGAAAAGAGAAAACAGAACAAUACUGAGCAUGCAUCAUAGCCAUCGACCAUGACAAUAUGCCUAUCCAUUUAUAAAUUUAUAAAUUUAUAAACUAUAAUUGAUAUAAAAUUUUUCUUUUCCUCUUUUGCUUUUUCAAUGUGGGUGUACCUCUCUAUUUAGAGUUUUUAAUUUAUAUAAAAUUUUUCCUUGGCUUUUUAGGCUAUUUCAGCAUGGAUAUGCCUUUCCAAUAAUGAUGUGGAUACAACAAUAACAAAUUUGAAUGAUAAUAAUAAUAAUAAUAAUAAUAUUAAUAAACCAACAAUUGAUUUAUUAUAG